AUGGACAACCAUGAGAUGGUCAAAUUGCAGAGGAAGGUCAUCAAAGAGCAAGAUGCUGAACUGGAGAUCCUGGAAGAGACUGUUACCAGCACGAAGCACAUUGCGCUAGUGAUCAAUGGGGAGAUGGACCUGCAAACUAAGCUCAUUGAAAACUUGGACGAGGGGGUUGAAGAAACAAGCAACAAGCUGUAG